AUGGAAGAGAAGGGGUCCUUGAGCAAGAGGCUGGAGAGGCUCUACAUGGACUACAUAGAGAUAGAGAAGAUCUUGAAGAAAUUGAGAGACAUAAAGAAGCAGUGCUCGUACAGAAGCACUAUUGCCAAGUUGAAGCCGCGGGGGAACGGGCCUAUGGUUGUUGAGGCGGACGUGAGACAAGAUGAGGAGUUUUCCAAAGCGACUAAGAGGUGCAUGAAGUUUGAUCUCUAUGACCCUUUCUGGGAAGAGGUGUCGAAGAGAUUUAACAUCUCAAGAAACGAAUGCUUCAACAGAUGGAUUAACAAUGUGGAGGACCUCGACAGGAGAUUGUCUCGGAGUGAUAUGGCUUGGGUCAAGCAGAUGAGUGAGGAGGGGAAGGAUUGGAUUGAAAUGUCCAAAGAGAUGAAGUGCAGGCCAUUCAAGGUGUUUACCGAGCACCUUCGCUUGAACACUAUGUCUGCGCCGAAGAUGUGGACCCUGGAGGAAGACAAGCUGCUUGAGCAAGGGGUGGAGAAGUAUGGGCUUUCGAGGUGGAGGUAUGUGUCGAAGAUAGUUGGAACAAGGACGGGGAAGGAAUGUGCCAUGAGGUUCUACUUCUUGAACAAGAAUGUCCAGAAGGGCAAGUGGACGGAGGACGAGAGAGAAAGGCUUAUGGAGGGGGUCAGAAUAUACGGAGAGGGCGACUGGCGGAAUGUUAGCACACAUGUGAUGACAAGAAAUCCCAUACAAUGUAGGUCCAAGUACAUAGGUGAGGCGAAGACCAAGAAAGAGAAUAAAUAG